CAGGAGCCGGUAAGCCUGGUCCAACAGAUCAGGGAGCUUGCCAUGGCGACGCCGCCGCCGCCGCCUUCCUACCCGCCCACCUCCAUCAUCCCGCGGACCUCCCCCUCGCGCCUGGCCGCGGCAUCAACAGACGACGGCGACGACGCCGCCCAGGGCACGGUUCUCUACCUCGCUUACGGCUCCAACCUCAGCGCCGAGACCUUCCUCGGCGUGCGCGGCAUCCGCCCCGUCUCCCAGGUCAACGUCUCGGCCCCGGCCCUCACCCUCGUCUUCGACCUCCCAGGCCUGCCGUACCGCGAGCCGUGCUUCGCCAAUACGGCGCCGCGCAAGGUGCCCAAUCUCCCAGACCCGUCCGACCCGCCGAAGUUCCCGCCCAUUCCCCCGCCGCCACCGAGACCGACGCCGCCCCAGCCUCAGGAGUUCCCCAUCGCCCCGGACCGCAGCGGCGGCGGUGACAAGACCCGGACCCCGGACCUGGGCUGGGACAAGGGACUCUUCGGCGUCGUCUACGAGGUCACCCGCGAGGACUACGCCACCAUCGUCGCGACCGAGGGCGGCGGCUCCUCGUACGCCGACAUCCUGACCCCCUGCAUCCCCCUCCCGCCCCGCGUCUCCGUCCCCGAGAAGCCACCCAUCGACAUCCCGCGCCCCUUUUUCGCGCACACACUCUACUCCCCCUCCAUCCCGGACCCUGGCGACGAUGACGACGACGACGACCACAACAAGAGCGGGAAAAAGAACGGAGACCCCGGCAGGGAGAAGCCCGACGACCCCCGCAAGAAGUGGUACUGGCGCUUCGUCCGCCCCGCCCGCCGCCCGGACCCGACCUACGCCCAGCCCUCGGCGCGAUACCUCAAGCUUAUUACCGACGGCGCCGCCGAGCACGAGCUGCCCGACGACUACCAGCGCUGGCUCCGCUCCCUCCGCCCGUACGUCAUCACCACGCUCCGCCAGCGCCUCGCCCGCUGGCUCCUCACCGCCCUCUUCUGGGUCCCCAUGAUGAUGCUCUUCGCGCUGAGCAAGGCGCUCGCCAACAAGGAGGGCAGGGCGCCGCUGUGGAUCGGCGUCGCGCUCGGCGUCGUCUUCAACCUGCUCUGGAUGGCGUACGACGGCGUGCUCAAGCCCGUGUUUGGGGACGGAGAGAGGACCCAGGACGAGGAC